AUGUCAUUGGUCCACGCAGCAAAGAUUAAAGAAAUGGACGUGGAAAAGCAAUCUCUUAUGAAAACGAAAGCGGUGGGACCAAUAAAGGCUGCCCCUCGCCUGCUCUCGAACAAAACUUGUCGACAAAGGGCCGACACUGUGCAGCCUCCAUGUUCCACGACUGAAGAAAAGCCUACGGCCCAAGAAUCGCUUUUCUUCCCGUAUCAAAAAAACACCCAUAGAUGCAAAACAGAAAUUCCGACGAUGAUUGUUGCUAUUGCUGGAGGCGACCGUUGCGUAGCCAAACUGGACUCUAGUGCGCACAAAGUGAAGCUCCGCGAUCGAAACGCAACAAGAUAUGGAGUAUAUUUGGGUAGCAAGGUAUGGAAUCGCGCGAGCCGUGAUCUACAUGACUACCGUCUUGUUACUAGAUCCUGCAAUUCAUCGUUACUGGGACGCCCGCUCCAAGGUCCUCCUCCUCUCUGGCGGCCAUCUGCUGUGCCACAUGACCCUUUUACUGUGUGCACUUCUAGAAGUUUGACCCAGCGUGCGAUCUCUCCAAUGAGCGUCACUUCCGAUACAUCGAAUGAUGACAUCUCGUUUGCCGGCAAGGAGGUUGGCCUUCGAGGUGUUUCCCGUGUGAUGAAGCCAAGGUUUGGUCCCAAAUUUACCACCCAGCACCCGCACUUUAAUGGCAGCAAGUGUAUGCAUCAUAUGUUGUCCACGGACGAGAGGAUUUUUCUGGAAGCUGCUGCAAGGCUUGCCACGUAUGGUAAAUCAAAUUAUUUUGUCGAAGGCCGAGGAGCAGGUUCUUUGGUCGAAUUGGGGUGAAGAUAAGCGAGCCUGGAAAACAGUUUUGUGCUUCGUAGUUUCAGGCUUAACACAUUUUAAAGAAGUUGUAUAUUUCAA